GGCAGUUCGAAGCUCAAGGGCUGGUCAGAGCCAGCUCCAAACUCCUCUUGCUGCUAUCAGGACAUACAAUCGUCCGUCCGCAGAGUGCGAAAGGUCACCUAGGUCAAUAAAUUCAUCUCAUUCGGUCCGACGAUCUUCAUCACUGGUAGUGCUGGACUUGUGGCCUGCAAGGAUAGCUCCAAGAUGUCCAGGCUCACUUCUGCUUUAGGUUCGUUCAUGUCCGCUACCAACGAGAACUAUGCAGCACUGGCCAACGUCAAGUUCGAUUUCUCUCUUAUAAAAAUGGAGGCACCAGUCGAAUUCAGCGGCGUUGUCUCUGCGCUAUCCACUAUGCGACGUGUGGACGCUGAACAGGGACCCUCACACAAAACCGCACGUAGGCUGGGAGCCUUAUUCGAGGACGUUGUGCCAACAACACCAAAACUAAUCUCAGCCUACGGAUUGCGCAUGUCAGAGAUCAUGAACACUCCCGGUGUAAAUGAUAUCGGAGCAGACCAACAUGGUCCAUUCGGACCGUACGUCGGAGCGGAUGGCACAAGCCUCUGGGCUGCAGCAACAUCUGGGAUUCCAGCUCUUGGAGUCUACCUCCUCAGUUGCUUGUUGGCUCGGGCCUGGGAUUCAAAGACAGCUACGGCAAUAUGGGUGGAAAUCGUUGCGGCAAGACGAAAAGAAAUCGAAGAGGGAGUUCAGAACAACCACAACGUUUCCGCAUCUGCAAUCGUCGGUGCAUACCAAGACAUCACAAGGAAGGACCUUCAAUCGUGGGAUAGCAGUGCAAGAGCCUGGCUUCGCAGAGCGGACAGAGCAAAGAACUGGUCACAAUGCCAGCUUGAACUUGUUGUCAAGAACAUCAACACCCCAAUCGCUGGCGGUCCUUCGACAUACGAAAAAGUCAUUAGUGUUUGGAAGCGGUCUAUGCUAGCCGUUGAGCAACUUCUUUCUGGGAAGCCGCAAGAUAUCGUAGAUGGGUCCGUAUUCCUGGCGUUCUCCGCCUGGCACCUAUUUCCCGAUCUGAUCGUGCUUGGAGCUGAGCCUAAGAAAGUCGAGUUCAAAGAUGGGUUGAUACCCUCUGGAGGUGUUGGUACUGUGGGUCUAGUUUCCAACACCACAGAGGAGGACGGCGUCCGAUGGUCUUUAGCUUUGUCCCAUUUGCAGUACUAUGGCGAGCCUGUGCUGGUUCGCAGUGAUCAAGAGUCUUCAAGAUUGACGUUCGCACAACUUCGAGUUGUAGCACUGGGUGGUUUGUUCGGGUCAUGGAAGUUGAGUCACCGUGACUUCUUGUUGGCUGCGGACUGGAUCAAGCUUCUCUGGACUCGGAUGGAUGUGGCCGAAGACCACACCAAGGAUAACGGAUACUCCGAGUUCGAAUGGCUUCGCCAAAUUGCAGCGGCGGCAGACCAACUGCUGGCAGUGGAAGAUGAGAAUCAUCAGCAAAACUUUCAACUAUUGAAGCAUGGGUCACGGAGGGGUAAAAGCUUUCUGUCUGGCCCUGGUUACAUUUCAUCGCCUUUCUUCGGACUUCUGAACACUUUGACACUCCACGGACUGCUCGAAGACUUGGAUGAAGACUGCGGGAUUAACUACCUUCGGGAAGUUGCAGGGAGACUUGGAUUGAAUGUUAGUGAUUCUGUUAUUUGUAGCGCCCACAAUACCUCAUACCACCAUGGUUCCGGGGCUGCAGAUUACUUCGAGCUCGCUACAACACAACCUGCUGGUCCAGAUGGAUAUAUGAGAUGGAUAUGUCCCAACAGCAUGGUUACAACAAACAAAUCUCCGAGAUUCAGUCCUGAUUCGGAAGGCCAGCUCAAAGAUGAAAGAUUUGAUACACAAGAUAGGAUGGACUACAUCUCUGCCCGCGGUGAGAAAUGUGAACGCCGUGUUACAGGGCUGGAGCAGGCGGUACGGGGCCAUGGGUUCGCCUGGGCGGAUCCACCACGACUUUACCAACAAGACAACCCAGUCGACCCUGUUAACUUAGGGCAUCCCCGCAAGAAGGCCAGAGUCACCGCAAAUUUCCAACACAUAGUCGGAGAUCAACGCUUUGGUUUAUACAUACGAAGAGAAAGGAACGAUAGCGAUAAGUCAUGGGAAACCUACAAGAAAAGGGCAAAGUCCGAGACGGCAAAGACGGGAAGAUUGUUAGCAGCAGUCCAAGAGUUUAAGGCAGCAAAGUUGGUACCUGAGCGAUUGAGGGAUUAUAUGUGUGCUUUGACAUCUGUAUCCGAAGAACAAGUCAAGGAUAAUUCGUUGAGCGCGCCAGGUGUUUCCCUUGUUGCAGAACCGCAUAGGUUCCAUACGGAUUUCAGCAAAUCGCUGUACGCCUUGGAGUCCUGUUCGAUGAUCUACGGUCAUCUAUCCAAAGCGACCAUCUCACUCAAACCGCUUCUGCAACCGUUGCAUAAACUCGCGUGGUUCGAAUCAUUGUUUUCGAGAUGGAAGGUCCCUCGCAAAAAGGCGAGCACUAGGCCUACCAAAUCAGCGCUUCUCACGUCUCAACACCCUCCACUGCCCGACCGGUUCGAAUCGUUUGGCUGCAUAGCUUGGUUCGACUCAGGAACUGUUGAUCUGACUCGAGAAGAUCUGCAGUACGCCUUUGCAUUGUGUUCCGAAGACACAAUCUAUGUGCCAGCAGUCGUGCUUUCCGACCCUUUCAGAAGAGUACCAGAGUAUGAGAUGAGAAGCAUCACGGGAAACGUCAGCCGUGCAGGAAUUUCAAUUCUUGUUUCGCCCAUUGAGCCAAGAGUUCGAGAUCUCAGUGAUAGUUACAACGUAGUAACCCACGAGACAUACGAUCGAAAACGCGAGAACAAUUUCAGAGAAACUUCGUUGCAUCUCUCUUUCACAGAGUGGAUUAUUCCUCUGGCCACCGAGGGCUCGCGUACGAUAGAUCAUGAUGCCCAAAUAAUCGAGGCUGUCGUCUCUAUACGCGAUCGCGGCCAGUGGGUCGCCGACAUCGAUAUUCUCGAAGUUGACUUCCAAGAUAUGACAAGGUUCAAGUCUUCGGUGUGCUGCAAUGAGAAUCACGAUCAGGAUGCGGACUUCGACUAUACGUCCAUAGAUAGCUGGGAAGAGCUGUUAGAUGAGCCAGGUACCGUCGGUAUCUUCAGGGCGCACGGAAACUGGGCUGCGCGACUAGCUGCCGUGAGCAUCUUAUCACGGAAAGAGAUCGGCGGCCACAACUUUGGUGUCCUUGGACCGGAGCCUUUCUGUCUAAAGUGCCUAGAAGAGGAGUUCGAGAAGCCAGGCUGGGAUAUGCAAGAAUAUGAGUCUACACUGCCAUCGUUUUGUAUUGAUUAAAACCCGUUUAUUUUAGAGUUAACAUAAAGCACUACCAAGCCAGCUACACUAUUAAGCUAAACACUUUUCCUAAGCAUUGCGACUACUACGUAUAGAAUAAGCAAUCACUUACUACUCUG